AUGAUUAGCUAUCACGAUACUUUGCUAUGGAAUGUAUCAAAAGGUAAGAUGAGCAUUUUUUUAAUUAAAAAAAAAUGAAAAAAAAAUAUUUUCAGAACAACGGGAAUUAUUGGACAAAUUGCUUCCUAAUUCUUCAGCAACACGCUUUUUUGAUGAAUAUCGGAAACGAAAAAUAACCAAUGAUUUACUUCAAGAUGCUGUGAAUUUGAUCAUGGAAAUGAGAGAAGGAUCGGAAAAAUAUUUGAAAAGUGAGUAUUUUUUGUUAGCACACAUGAAUAUUUUCAGUGUUUCAAAUAAAACUAAACAUUUCAGAAUAUGAGAUAGAAGUUGAUUCUGUUGAGAGCGAUUUUAUGGAGAUUCACAAAAACCUCGACAAAGCUUGCAAUGCGGAAGUUAAUCGAUUUGAUGAAAUCAAGGCAGUACGGGCAAUUAUUUUAUCAAAGAUCAAUAACACUCACGAGCUUUUGAAAAAAGAAGCCAUCUUGGAGUUGAUUUUUGAUGAGAAUCUCAAGUAAGAAAUGACUCCAAGAAAUGUUGUUUAUCAUAAAUCGUUUUCCAGGAUGAAUAAAGUGGAUAUAUCUGGCUGGAGAGUUUUGGACAAUUUUGCAAUGAGAAAGCAGCAAGAAGCAAUUUCCAAAGAUUAUGAUGAAGAACGUUUUCGUGAUUUUUUGAUGGUUUAUGAGAACAACACUGAAAAUGGAACAGUUGAAAAAUAUAUAGAGAUGAUGAUGAAAGAGGUUAGUAAUCGCAGGCUUCCAGACUGGGCCUUUUUGGGCUUGAGUUUUCAUUAAAGCCAUCUGAUUUUACAGGAACUAACUGUCACGCAACGCUCGGAAAUCGAGGAAUACAAAAAAGAUUUGAAAAAACGAGAAAAAAUGGAAAAGUGUAGAGAAAAAUUGGCUCGUUUGUUUCACACGAAUUCUUAUAUAGUCAAAAAAUCGUAUGCCCGAAUUUUCAAAAUCAGUGGAACUUGGAAGCAACAUUAUAAGGAAAUUUGUAGAAUCCUUAAUGAAAUUCAAACCUUUGCGCGGUAUUCGGAAAUUGACAAGAAGACAGAAAUCGAGAAGAUUCAAAGUUUUUCUCAUUUUAGAGAAUCGGAAACUACAGCAAAUGUAAUUCAACAAGAAUAUGAGGAGUUGGAAAAGUUUGCAUUGGAAGUUCAGAGUACUCUCAAAGAACUUGUUGAAGUUGAAAAGUUUUCCACAAAAUAA